CAUAAAGAGAGACUCAAACAGCUUUACUUAAAAUACAGUGGAAGAAAAAGACGAGGGUGUGGGUUUAGACUUCCAGACGGAAAUUAAUUCAAUUUAGGAAUGUGUUGUGGGACGUAUCGGAUCAGCAGUACGUUUGAAUAGAGAGCUGUAACGUCCCAAGAGGAGAUUUUGGAUCUGCUUCAUAUUUAUCUGAAAACAGUUUGAAAGACUUCUUACUGAAAGCAUCAUGUCUUGUUUACAACUCGGGAUCGUACUCCUCUUCUGUCUACCUUUAGCAGUAACCACAUCGCUUCACUUUGCUAGAUUGGGUCAACCUCAUCCCACCACUGAUGGCGCAGCCUGUUUGACCUGUUACACCUGUAUGUUCCCGGCCAUCUCUCCUCUGGACUGCUUCAAGUUCCCUCAGGAGUGUCCGGUUGGGCAGCGCUGCCUGUCCAGUACUGCCACAGGAAGACGAGGCUCUCUAGAAGUGACGAUGUACGAGAAGAGCUGUGCGGUCCCGGCCCAGUGUGGAUUGAGUGGACAGAAGUACGCCUCUGGACUCUACUUCAACUUCACCAACGUCUGCUGCGACAGCGACCUGUGCAACGCCGCCGGGACCUUUACUGCCCUCAGCUGGAGAGGAGCGGCUCUCUGCCUGCUGCCCGCACUCUGCCUGCUGCUGGCCUGAGCAACAGGGGUGUGUGUGUGUGUGUGUGUGUGUGUGUGUGUGUGUGUGUGUGUGUGUGUGUGUGUGUGUGUGUGUGUGUGUGUGUGUGUGUGUCAUCCUUAGCACUGAAUAUCAAGGCAUAAGGGUCCUGGAAAAUAUGUACUCAGUGGUGGAGUGUAACGAAGUACAUAUACUCUUGAACAGCAUUUAGGUACUUGUACUUUACUUGAGUAUUUCCAUUUUAUGCUUAUUAAAACAUUAACUCCACUACAUUUUAGAAUCAAAUAUAGAAUUCUCCAAAAUAUAUAAAUUAACAAUACAUUAAGAUGCAUUAUUAGAGAUUAACAAACCCCUUUAAUAAAGCUCCUCCUGCAUCAUCUAGAAAUAGGCUAUGUUACAUUAUGAGUAGAUAUAAUUCUGGUACGUAUGAUGCUAAUACUUUUUGUGAUUUUACUUAAAUAGAGUUUUGAUUGUAGGACUUCUACUGGUAACAGAGUAUUUGUACACUGUGGUAUUACUACAUCUUUUUGAAGUUAAAGUUUUGUUUACUUCUGAAUAAUAGUUAUUUAUUUACUUUAACAAUCUCACCGCAUCUAGUGGUUUAUGAUCACUCACCCCCAACUUUAUUUACACUUGUGCAUUGAUAAGUUUGAUGAUUUGUCAGACUUACAUUAAACUAAUACAACUUUCAGUCUUUACAUUUUGAAAACAACUAUUAGGUGAAACUCAAAAUAUUUGCGAUGUUGUUUUGAAUGUGAGAAUAUCCUUUGUAUUUAACUCCAAAUGACUUUGAGGACAGAAUAAUUUAACUAAUAAAACACUGAAUUGAU